AUGCCUUCCACGACUUCAGUCCAUGUUCCUGUUCGCAUCAACAUGAAGAAAAAGAGGAUCGAGAAACUUGAAUCCGAGAUGACGGAAUUAGCCCGCGUGCCUCGAGGGUCUCAGAUGCCCCAGAAACAGAAAGCCCAUCAUCCCUCUCAAGGAAUUGAGGGCUGCGUGCACAGCUCCACUGCACAUGGUCCGAGUACCAAGGGAAACUCCCACCAUGCAGCUGGUUCUCCGGAGAAGAGGAACAGAAACAUAACCCCUGCAGACCGCCGCUUCCAUGCUAAGAACGAAUACCCUGCAAAAUUUACCUUGCAGGAAAUGGAAAUCGACAUCGGCGCAUGGGUGUGUCUUGCCUGUCCCACUUCGACCCACAAGUGCCGGGACUGCAAGCAAUACGAAGGCCACGAAGACUCCCUGGUCAUCGCCAUCCAUGGGGAAUGCAUCACUGGAAAGACUGGAGCACGUUCAGCAAUCGGGGUAUUCUACGGCCGUGGCAACGGCGGCAAUACCUCUUGGCCCAUUCCAGGCAAGGACAACCACAGUCACACAACCCAGAUCGCCGAAUUGACUGCCUGUCUGCGCGCCUUGCGCAACGCAACCUCCAUCAUUGACAAGCGCCGCAGCAUGAUGCGCAAGGGCAAGGUUCUCAUGCCGUUGACUACCUUUGUCAUCAAAACAGACUCCGAGUACCUCGUUCGCAGCCUGACGGAGUGGCUGCCCAAGUGGAAGAACAAUGGAUGGAAAACUUGCAAGGGCGUUCAAGUUGCUAAUGCCGAUAUGUUCAAACUGGCGGAAGCUGGUAUUGUGAUGCUCGAGAUGGUCGUCCAGGUCAAGUUCUGGCUCGUCCCCAAGGAGAACAACACGGAGGCUACAUGCCUGGCAAAGAUGGCUUUCGCGGAGAACUAA